UCAAAAUGGAGUCGAUCAUAUUCUCUAAUAAAAACAACUACUAUUGUAACACCUGAAGCACGUUCAGUUGGAGAUGCACUGAGAAAAUUAGAUGCAAAACAGUUAAUUAAUUCCGAUUUUAUUUCUCAUAUACGAUCUUUAGGCGAAUCACCAAUUUUCGUACUAGAUGGGAAAACUAAUGAAUGCGUUCAUUGUGAAACCGUGGAGUUCUAUCCGCGUAAAC